GGAAGAGGCGGGCCGGGAACCACGAGAGCGGAAGUAGCGCCAUCGCUGCCGCCGCGGCCGACCGGCCAAUGCCUAGAGCGAGUUCCCGCGCCCCGGCGGCUGCCGGGUCUCCCCGCGGGGCCCGGGUCUGCGGGGAGGACUCUGGGGGCCUGCGGAAGGACACAUCUGACAUGUCCUUUGAAGAGCUGUUGGAAUUGCAGAGCCAAGUGGGGACUAAGACAUACAAACGGUUGGUAGCUGGAAACAGUUCUAAGAAGGAAGGCUCUAGACCACGUGUCCAAAAUGCCUGUGUUGCAGAUAAGCACAGGCCUCUGGAAAUGUCAGCCAAGGUCCGGGUGCCAUUUUUGCGUCAAGUUGUCCCCAUCAGUAAGAAGGUAGCCCGGGACCCCCGCUUUGACGAUCUGUCAGGAGAAUAUAAUCCUGAGGUGUUUGACAAAACAUAUGAAUUCCUGAAUGACAUCCGAGCCAAAGAGAAAGAGCUUGUGAAAAAGCAGUUGAAGAAGCACCAUUCAGGGCAGGAGCAUGAGAAACUGCAGCAGCUGCUUCAGAGAAUGGAGCAGCAAGAAAUGGCACAGCAGGAACGCAGGAGGCAACAGGAGCUGCGCCUGGCCCUGAAGCAGGAGCAGAGGGCUCGGGCCCAGCAGGGCCAUCGGCCAUACUUCCUGAAGAAAUCUGAGCAGCGGCAAUUGGUCCUAGCUGAGAAGUUCAAGGAGCUGAAACGCAGCAAGAGGCUAGAGAGCUUCUUGAGUCGAAAGAGGCGCCGAAAUGCAGGCAAGGACCGGAGACAUCUCCCUUUGAGCAAAGAGUAAUAAAGAACUGUUCUGAGCUCUACCACUGCCCCAGUGAGAAAUGGAUCUGCAGGGACAGACUUGGGCUUGGCCUCUUCUGGUUCUUUUCCACUCAAGGGUGAGGAUCAUAGCUGCCCUUGAGCUAGAUUAGCUCAAAGAUGACUAGAGGGUCUUGGACUACCCCAAGGUUGGACAAGAAGAGCAGCUCAGCUUGUACUCUGGCACACUUCCUCUGCUUGGAUCUGGUUCAUCAUGGCUUCAUGUCCUCCCAUCCUUACUUUAAACCAAUGAUUGUGGUAUAGAAAUAAAAGGGCCAAUGAGUGAUCUUCAGGCUGGUGAAAGCCAUGAAGUCCGUGGAUGCCUCCUAGGGCUGGAGCCAGUUCGUAAA